UCAUAGAUGGGAUGCGAGGGAGAGAGAGGUGAGUGUCGAGUGAUGGGACCCGGCUGAGGAAACGGCAGCGAGUGAUCUCCCUCCGAGCUGCUAGAUGUCAGACAGGUGUGAAGGAUGACUUCAUGCUCAGAGAUCUGUGGGUCAGACUAUGGUGAGCAAGCUCAGGCCGGUGGGAAAUACCAGCAGUAUGGAGUUCGAUCUUACCUACACCAGUUUUACGAGGAAUGCACGGGUUCUAUCUGGGAGCGUGAUGAAGAUUUUCAGAUUCAGAGAUCGCCUGGAAGGUGGAGCUCUUUACUCUGGAAGGUCUGUCUCGCGUUUGGAACCCUGAUCUUGUUUGCAGGCCUCAUUGUCCUCGUGGUGGGAUAUGCAACUCCAGCCAGGAUAGAAGCGUUUGGUGAAGAUGACCUCCUCUUUGUUGACAGCCACGCCGUCAGUUUCAACCGUGCCCUGGAUGUGUGUAAGCUGACCGGCGCUGUGCUCUUCUGUGUGGGCGGCACCUCCAUGGCGGUCGGUCUUCUGCUCUCUGCCUUUGCCAAGAGCUACUCCAAAGAGGAACUGUAUCUGCAGCAGAAGUUUAAGGAGCGGCUGGCAGAUCUGCAUGCAACAGUUGGUUCACCAAUAAUGAGAACAGCAACCCCUGGAGAGGGAAAGGUCCCCGUCACUCUUUCCAAAGUGCAGAACAUCCAACCGGGGGCCACAAAAUCAGAGACCUGAUCGGUGUCCACAGGAAAGAAGAUCGAUGAGUGUGCAGACCGCGUGUGAAUGUGUGGGUGUGUGUGGAUCUUUGUGAGCACUUUUUUUGAAAGGUCAGCUUACAUGACUGACAGUAUUGGGUCCUUAUAUUCAUUCAACAUGUUUGACAUUCAAGCUUGAUUUUAAUGACUAAAAGCAACUGAACAAGGGUUUAUUGUCAGCACCACAGACAGUGUAAGAGAAAACUAAAAACAGAAGCAAAUUAGAAGACAGUAUCCACUUAAAAACACAAGAUUUUCCAAUGGACUUUUUCUUUUCAGGUGAAUUCACAUUUUAUGAGAGUGGAACGUGUUACUUCCUUAUCUAAAGUUAUGAGUAAUUAGGCCAUAGUCUCAGAUGUGAUCAAAACUAAUAUUGAACACAAUGAUUUUCUGUCUGUGGUGAAAAUCGGGGCUUCAGCGUUUGUAUCUGAGGACUCUUUACCUCUAAAUCAAAGCAGCUCUGGGAGUUCAUCCAAAGACUGACCAUGACAGCUGGGAAUCAACAGAUAAAGAGUAUUGCAAUAGCAUCAUAGCUUAUAAAUGCUUAUUUUCAGUGCAGUUUUAACACAUGGUUUGCUGCAAUAAGGGAUUCAUCUGACUAUCUGUUGUAUUAAAGAAUAUUAUUAGUUUUGUACACAUUUACUUCCCUACACGGUCCCUGCCAUUGUCUAUUUUUCUCCCUGUGGCCAAUGCAAAGAUUAACACGCAAAUGUUUCUGUACCUGAGGCAUUUUGCAGCACUCUGAAUCGAGCACUUGUUAGCUACCUGUCACCAUAGGGUGCCACUUUGAAAAAGCAAGAUGGAACAAGAGAGUCAGAUGUCAGGGCAGACGGGUUGCAUAAGAGGCGGCUGAUGAGAACACGCCCAGCUCUCUGAUGAGCAGCAGAAGUGUUCUUGACGGCGCUAAUGGUCGUCAUGAUUCAGAGAUGCUUAAUGACAUCCUUCCUGCUCUCGCUCACAAAACGUUAUAAGACAUUCUGUAGGUGCUCUCACUGACCAGAAUAGCGUGAAAUACAAGUGAACUGAUGAAAUAUAUCAUAGUUAAAGCAUUUAUGGCAGGAUUUGCUUCCUGCUGUAUCUGAGAAAAAUCUGUAGACACAGAAGGUUUCAUUUAAUUUAUUUCAGGUUAGGCUAGCUUACAAUAACUAACAUACAAGCACAAUAAGGUGUUAGUGGUCAUGUUUUGCUGCUUUUCAAAAUGACGAGUCUACACAUAUGCUAUGAAUAUAUUUCUGUGAUUCUGCCAUUUUAAGUUGUGCUUAUUUUUUCUUAAUCUUCUCUUUUUGUUCAUAUAAUUGAUCAUUUGUGCAUAAAUGCAACAUAAAAUAGUGUACUGUACUUGGUUAGAACAAUUUUAUUAUAGACAUUUUUAAGUACGAUCAAGCCGCAAGCAUCUUGGUUUGCAUAAAUGUUGCAGGUCUAGAACAGGUAUGAUCAGUAAACGGCUGCAGGAGGCAAAUUGCUGUCCUGACUACAGAGCUUCAUGUAAGUUGACCUUUUAACAUCAUUCCUGCAACCUUCAUUUUCUUGUCUUUCUACUUGAAUUAGGAAUCAUUAAAUUAUGUCAUUUUAAACCAAUUGGGCCCAAGUGAAAAAAAAAAAAUAGCUAAAUGAAGAAUUAGACAAACUGUUGUGGAUGAAUGCUCCAUUUAGUUGAAUGUGCUGAUUUAUGAUUUCCUGCUAAUCCAGGAUGCAUUGCGGUUUCAAAGCCAUAUUGAACAUCUUUUCCGCUCUGAAUCUUUUCAUUCUCAUUUCCUCAUGAUCUUACUUCAUCUUAAUGUAUCAGUGAAUUCUCCCAUCGAUAGAAAUACUGCACUUGUUGGAUUAGGCAGAAAUACUGUAUAUCAGUGACCAUAUACAGUAUGUCUAUUUUUCAAAGAACACAAUAAAAAGGAUAUAUUCGCAGCUCAAAUAAGUAUGAAAAUGUUGUUGUUUUUGCAUUUCAUUUUAUUUCAGCUCAUUUCAGUUUUGUUUACAUAAUAACAACAGAAAACCUAAAUAAAAAUGCUGUUUAAUUUAAUUGGGAAAUAUCUCUUUUUACAGGAAGAGACCUCUAAACUGUCUUUUGAUGGGAUAAAAAGAGACCUACUACAAGUACCAACUGCCUAUUAUAGUCCAGUUAAACCCUCACCAGUUUUCACUUUUCAAGGAGUUGUAGCAUGUAGUAAAAUGAUAGAGUUUCUGUGACACUUUAACACAGCAGUGUUACUAGUGUUGCUAGUUAUCAAUGUCUUAAUGGCUGAAUGUGAGUGAUGAAGCCAAUAUUGUUCAAGUCCUCAUAUCCUAAAGACAAGCUUUGUCAAAAUGGGACAUUUAGAGCCUAAUCUUAAAUGUGGGUUGGGUUUUCUGUCUUUUGAAACCAAAUUAGGACCUGGUCCCACGAGAGAAGAGAUUCUCGCUCUAUUUAAUGAUGUUCUGGCGACCACAACUGUACCUGACUUCAAAGUGCUUGACUGUGAAAAGUUCUUAGAGUAAAAUUUACAUCCAGUGCUUUGCUGAGACACGAAACAGGGGGCUAGAUUUACCUCACAAGAUCACACGUACCAUCAGUCAGGUGAUUUAAAUGGUUGGCACAGUCGAAGUCCCACUUAAAGCUACUGAGAACGUGAGAAUAUAUUCAUGAAUAUGUGAGUCCUGCCUAACCCUUUCAGAUGUGAAGAGAACGGUUUUAAGGUUUCACCUGGAUUCAGCAGAGAGCCAAUGGAGAGGAGCUCAAAUUAAAGAAAUAAAAAAAGAAAUAAAAAGUUUUCUGUAAAUAAUGAUGUGCUUAAUUAUCAGUACUGAAUGAGAAAAGGAGA